AUGGUAGAGUCACCAAUUGGGGGUCAUAUUGUCUUAAAUCGGGGAUGUUGUGGGUGCGUAAUCGAAGUCUCUGAUCAUCGACUUCCUUUCAAUCUUGUAUUAUUAGAUAUGUCGGAUUUUGACGUCAUCCUCGGUAUGGGCUGGUUAUCUUCUUAUCGUGCCACCAUAGAUUUCUACCGUAGAAGAGUUAUUGUGUGCACAGCAAGUGGGAAUUUUUUUUAUUUUCUUGAGUAUAAGACCGAUGAUGGAUUGUCGCUGUUGUAUGACCCGCGAAGUCGAGGCAAACUUAGUUUUCUUCUUGCAACCAUCAUGGAUGAUGGAGAUAAUGUGGUUCGGGGGGUGUUUCCUAGAGUGGUUUGUGAGUAUUCAGACAUUUUUCCUGAGGAUCUCACAGAAUUACCACCUCACCGCGAGGUUGAGUUUUCUAUAGACUUAGUACCUAGUACGACACCCAUCUCCAUGUCACACUAUAGGUUUACUCCAGCAGAGUUGCUUGUUUUGAAGGAGCAAUUGCAAUAG